CGUGGUCUGGCUGCCGGAAGUCCAUGUCGAGGGGCCGCAGGAGGGAGCGGCGUAGCUUCCGGCGAGGCACAAUGGCGGUGUGGCUGUAGCUGGGGAUAGCUCUGCGGCCGGUGAGGAUCACUGAGUUGAAUAGCAGUAACCAUGGGAGAUGCUGCAAGACUUUGCUUUGCCACACAGAAUAAGGAACAGGAAACUUUAUGUCAAGAAGAGUUAAAAGGGAGUCCGUUACAAAAAGGCUACGGAGCCAUGGAUGAAUAUGGAAAUGGCCAUAGCAAUAAAAUUGAUACCAGCCUGCAAAAGAAAAAGGGAAGACCAGGUCAUUACGGCAGCAGUCCCAGGCAAGGGCCACGCAUGGUUUUGAGUAGCCCAGAUUCUCUUAAAAAUACAGCUUACAGUCCAGGGUCAAAGUUAAAUGACACCCAAAGAGACCAGAUGAAGAAGUGGGUCCCUAAUGACCACCAUGGUAGUUCGGAGAACUGGAGAGCCUACAGAUCUGUUGCCUGGAUUCCUGCACAUAGCAGGACAAGAAAGGACUCUUUUCGCGAGGUUGAAGGUACUGGAAACAGAAACGUAAGACGACAAAUUCAGGAAAGCUUUAUGAGUGAAGAUGUGCCAGAUACGCAGAAAGGAGGCUCUGAAGUGAAGCAGCUUAGGAAACAAAGAAGAUCAAGAAGAACUAGAAAAGAAGAGUAUGAUCAAGGUGAAGUUGAUGAUCCAGUUGUAGAUGAAUCUGUGCUGUCGGCAAAAGAACUUCUAGGACUGCAGCAAGCUGAAGAACGAUUGAAGCGAGACUACGUUUAUAGACUGAAGAAGCAACCUCGCAGCUAUCCGUUAGCAAAAUAUACCUGCAAAUUGUGUGAUGUUUUGAUUGAAUCAGUGGCUUUUGCUCAUAAGCAUAUUAAAGAGAAAAGACACAAGAAAAGCCUAAAGGAAAAGCAAGAAGAACUGCUGCUGACUGCUCUGCCUCCUCCAAUGCCUUCCCAGAUAAAAGCUAUUGAUAUUGCUAUUGAAAAUGUAGUGCGGGAGUUUGGCUUAAGUAACGAAGAUCUAGAGGAAAGGCUCAACAUUAAAACAGUGAUGGAAAAUCUACUGCGUCAAAAACUGCCAGAAUGCUCAUUAAGAUUGUAUGGCUCCUCCUAUAGCAGAUUCGGUUUCAAAACUUCAGACAUAAACAUAGAUAUCCAGUUUCCUGCCAGCAUGACUCAACCAGAUGUUCUCUUAUUUGUGCAAGAGAGGCUUCAGAACAGUGAAUCUUUUACGGAAGUUGAUGCAGAUUUCCAUGCUAGAGUACCAGUGGUGGUGUGCAGAGAAAAGCAAAGUGGCCUUAUUUGCAAAGUGAGUGCAGGGAAUGAGAAUGCUUGGCUGACAACAAAUCAUUUGGCUACACUUGGAAAACUGGAACCUACUGUCGUACCUUUAGUGAUUGCCUUUAGGUACUGGGCAAAGUUGUGCUGUGUUGAUCGUCCUGAAGAGGGAGGCUUGUCACCUUAUGUGUUCGCUUUAAUGGUUAUUUUCUUUCUGCAACAGAGGAAAGAGCCUUUUCUACCUGUCUAUUUGGGAUCAUGGAUUGGAGGAUUCUCAUCAAACAAAUUGUCUAAUUUUCACCUGAAAGAAGUUGAGGAUGAUAGUGUGGUCUGGGAGUAUAAUCCUGCUGAUGAUUUGCCACAAGAGACUUCUCCGAGAAGGGGCAAGGUUCCCUUAGUAUAUGGUUCAGGACAGCACUGUUCAGCACCUACUGGUCAGCUCUGGGUGGAACUGCUUCGUUUCUAUGCAUUGGAGUUCAAUAUGGCUGACUUGGUUAUUAGCAUACGACUCAAAGAAACAGUGUCUCGGGAAUCAAAGGACUGGCCUAAAAAGCGCAUUGCUGUGGAAGACCCAUAUUCAGUCAAAAGGAACGUGGCAAGAACUGUGAACAGCCAGCUAGUGUAUGAGUAUAUCCUUCACUGCCUGAGAGCAACUUACAAGUAUUUCGCCGUGCCUCACAAAAAAAGUGCAAAAUUGAGCAAAAAAUCGUCUCGAGAUGCUGGUGAGGAGAAAUCCCAAAUGUUGGACCGUGGGCAAGAUGAUAUAAAGCCUGAAAACUCUGAGUUGCAAACUUUGCAUGGCAGAAUAAACAUAGCUGUAGCAGAAGAUUGUGUGACGGAGACUACGGGUACAUGCCAGGCACAUGGAAUUAAUCCUUCAAAACUGCGCGAUGGCUCAGAAAGCUUCACAGAAGAAGAAGUUGCUGAUGAUACAAGUCACUUGGAAAUUGCCCAUGAAGAUUCGGACUGUAUAAUUGAGGAAGUUAUUUCUGGAGAUAAUGAGGAUUUUAAACCAAGUUGUGACGAGACAGAGAGUGGAAAUGAAGAAGAGGGGGGAGAACAACAACAAAAAAGAAGAUGGAAUAAUAUCUUGACUAAUGAGCAGGGAUUGGACGAAGACAGUGAUAGUGGAGAUCUCCCUGUUACAGCGAAUGAACGUGAUGUAGAGACAUGUAGUACUUCAGACUUAGAAGGUUUUCAAAAUGCUGCACUUACAGAGAGUGAUGAGUUUGGCUUAGAGUGCAGUGCUGUAAUGGAUGACAAAAUUGACAUUGAUGAGGAAAGCACUGAAGGUACUGAUGACCUGGAUGAAUCCCCUGCAAAAUUCCUGUGUUCAACACAGAGUCAAAUAUCCCAGAUUAUUUACUCAGAUGAUGAGGAGGAAGGGGAGCAAGAACCAAGUCUUUUAAACCAGAGAGAGUCUGGUGGUAUUCUAAGAGCUGAAGAUGAGCUAGAUAACACAUACACUGGAUCUGGAGAGGAUGAUGCACUGUCAGAGGAAGACGAUGAUUUUUCCAUCCCCAAUAAAUAUGAAGAUAAACAUUUUGAAGAAAAUGUGGAUGGACCUCUGUGUAUCAAGUUGAGUCAAGAGGAUCUUGCUGAGAAGGGAAUUCUUUUUGAAGAGAACGCAGCAACAGAACAGUGUUUAGAAUAUGAACUCUUCUAUGAAUUCAGUAAACCGGCUUUUACAAAGGGCAAGUCUCCCACAAUAGUAUGUAGCUUGUGCAAACGGGAAGGUCAUUUUAAGAGAGAUUGUCCAGAAGACUUCAAGAAAAUUGAGCUUGAUCCACUGCCAGCGCUGACACCCAAAUUUUCAGUUAUUCUUGAUCAAGUUUGUGUCCAAUGUUACUAUGAUUUUGCUCCAAAUAUUGUAGAGGAUCAGGCUCGGGAAAAUAUAAGACAAAACUUGGAAAACUUCAUUAGACAGGAGUUCCCAGGAACCAGGCUGAAUUUGUUUGGCUCCUCAAAAAAUGGCUUUGGCUUCAAACAAAGUGACCUGGAUAUCUGUAUGACGAUAGAUGGGCUGGAAACUGCUGAGGGACUUGAUUGCAUCAGGAUCAUUGAAGAUUUAGCAAAAGUUCUCAAGAAGCAGUCAGGUUUAAGAAAUGUCUUGCCUAUAACAACUGCUAAAGUCCCAAUUGUCAAGUUUUUCCAUAUCAGAAGUGGUCUUGAAGUAGACAUCAGUUUAUAUAAUACUCUGGCCUUGCAUAACACAAGACUUCUGUCGUCAUAUGCAGCCAUUGAUCCUAGAGUAAAAUAUCUGUGUUACACAAUGAAAGUCUUUACAAAGAUAUGUGACAUUGGAGAUGCAUCUCGAGGUAGCCUUUCUUCUUACGCAUAUACUCUUAUGGUGCUUUAUUUUCUUCAACAGAGAAACCCACCUGUCAUACCUGUUCUUCAAGAGAUCUACAAAGAAACAAAAAAGCCUGAAAUUUUAGUUGAUGGAUGGAAUGUUUAUUUCUUUAAUAAGAUAGAAGAGUUGUCAGUUGUUUGGCCAGAGUAUGGCAAAAACACUGAAUCUGUUGGGCAACUGUGGCUGGGACUUCUCCGUUUCUACACAGAAGAAUUUGAUUUUAAAGAGCAUGUCAUCUGUAUUAGGAGAAAAAAUCUUCUUACUACUUUCAAGAAGCAGUGGACUUCCAAAUACAUUGUAAUUGAAGACCCCUUUGAUUUGAACCACAACCUUGGAGCUGGAUUGUCAAGAAAAAUGACAAAUUUUAUAAUGAAGGCUUUUAUCAAUGGCAGAAGGGUAUUUGGUACCCCUAUAAAAGUAUUUCCUAAAGAAUAUCCAUCGAAAAUGGAGUACUUUUUUGAUCCAGAGGUGCUAACGGAAGGAGAAUUGGCACCAAAUGAUAGAUGCUGCAGAAUUUGUGGUAAAAUUGGCCAUUUCAUGAAAGAUUGUCCCAUGAGAAGAAAACUAAGACGUCGUCAUGAUUACGAAGAUGCCAAAAACCAGAGGUACAUAGAAAGCAAGGAGAAAAGAAGCAAAGAGGACAAAGAAACUCAUAAUAAAACAAUAGAGAAGGAGAGCUCAAUCAAGGAGAAAAUGCUGCAUGUCUGUACGCCUCAGAAGCAGAAAUUAGCAAGGGUAAUAGUGGAAACUGGAAGAGAAAAGACUCCCAAGCAAUCAGCAGAGAAGUGGAAGCGCCCAGAAGACAGAGAGUUAAGAGAAAAACGUUGUUUUAUCUGUGGAAGAGAAGGUCAUAUUAAAAAGGAAUGCUCCCAGUAUAAAGGAGUUGCAGGUGAUUCAAAACCAGAAGUGUUGUGUGGAUCCCCUUCUUUACCCAGCACUGCCAAACAUGCUGGUAGAUUAAAUCAGGGAAUGCUUAUACAUGAAGAACAAAAGAAACAAAAAGGAAAAGUAUUUUUGAGUCCUCAGUCAGGUUUGUAUAUCUUCAUUUCAAUUCAGAAAUUCUGUGUAAAAGCAUGUAUUUUUAACUUGCUUUCCCCAUCAGUCCUUAUGGGAACUCUGCCUAGUUUGCUGAACACGGCAGCAGCCUGGACAGAUUGCUAGAUAAUUCUGAAGUGAAGCCAUUAGUUGGGUGGUUUUUUACGGGAAAAGUGCAAUUUUUUCAGUUUUGUUUUCGAUGCAAAACUUAAGCAUAUCAGUUCUGUGAUUUUUUUUUUUUCCUUUAACUCUGGUAGAUUUAUUUUGCAGAAGGAAAGAGUGGGCUUUUGUCACACUCUCCUGUUUCAGCAUACGCAGGGUUUUGUGUUUCUCCAGGAAUGACAUGUGGAGCACUUUCUUGAGUGGCUUCCUCAAAGUAAUUGUCUAUACUUCCAUGUGAUCCGCUGAAUUAGGAGAUACUAUCAAAGAAUGUCCUUGGUCUGAGCUGCCAAAAUGCAAGGAAGUUAAAAUUACACUUAAAAUUAAUAGUCAGAUGGUAAUAUAAAAGCCUUUAUAUACCCUCUCUGGAUCAGAGGUGUUUCGUGUUGGAUGCACAGUUUCAAAUGCAACUUCGUUACAGUAAUUUCACACAUUUGCUAACAGGUGAAAUGAAGAUUUUAAAAGCAACUGCUUUUUUUAAUUAUUUGAGUUUCUUUUGCAACCCUGCAAACCUUUUAGCAGCUUGGGUUUCUUCAAUACAAUACAUGAAUCUUUUCUGGGGCACAUGAAUGGGGAACUAAGUAGUCUUUACAGACUUGGAAAACCUAAACCGCAAGUAAGUAUCUCAAAUUAAAUUCUCAAGUUUUGUUGGGAAGACACCGUAUUUUCUGGUUUGGUUCAUCAUUUCAAGGCUUUUUCAAAUCUAAUUUUGGGCAUUUUGAACACAAACUGGUUAGUCAUUAGGUGUUUAGUUGAAAAAAAUGCUAGCUUCCCAUUUUGUAUUUUAAUAUUUCAUACUCUCCUCCAGCAGAUAAUGAUGUGAAGUUGAUCCCUGUGUGAUUUUAUUAUAUUUUGACUUAACAGUAAUUAUUGCCUGUCUGACUGUUUCAGUUGUUUUAUGUCUUGUCUUUUUUCUUCUCUUUUUUUAAACCUUUAAAGUGUGAUGCUUUCUUCCCCCCUAUCUUAGGCAGCCUUUCCAAUAAAUACAUGACUCAGGGAAAAGCCUCACAGAAGAGGACCCAACAGGAAUGAUGAGGGAUAUUAAGUACUGUUAAAUUGCAAUAGAGGCUCUUCAUUCAUUUGAAAAAUUGUUUGGUUGAAGCAUAUGGAUUCAUAGGACAGCAGCACAGACAACCAUCGACUUAAAUAAAACAUCCAUAUUUCAUUAAACUUUAGAUUGCUAGUACAAGCAACUGUGGAUUUUAAUAUGGACCCCUGCUCUUAAAUAGAUUGUUUGACCAUUUCAAUAGGAAGCCAUGAUGUUUUGUAUUACUUUACUAGGUAAGUCAUCUAGGAAAGGGCAGAUACUAAAAAUGGACUGUUUUCAAGGUUUUGUUGUUCCACCUGACCAUUUUAAAAUGCACUAAAAUUGUGUGCAAGCCAAAUGCAUUAUAUUUUCUUCAAAAAUUGAUUUUUUUUGAAGGAGCAAAUAAUAUUUAUUAAUGUUGAUUGUUUACUGAAUCCUUGUGUAAAAGUGUUUGAAAUGUUUGUAAACUGCUACAUUAUGUUUUUUCCCUGUAGAGAACUGAAAACAUAGACACUAGUAAACAUUCAUAAAAUGAUCUCUGGACAAGCAGUGCCAUUGAGAUUUCUUGGGUUUUUUUUUUCUUUUCUGUGAUGUUAUGGGGUUCAUUUGCUGCUGUGCUUGCAUACAAGAAGAAAGACUAAGAAACAGGUCAGUCCUGUUUGAUGCUGCUAAGAACCUUUUUCAAGGCCUUGGGGAUACAGACAAAAAUGCUUUAAGGAAUAGAGGUAUUAUAUUUGGCAGCUGGGGAAAACACACGUCCAUUUUCGUAAAAUGUGAAGGGGAUCCUUGUACCAGCCAAGAAUUUAACUUGUAGUAAGAACUUGAGCUUUACUUGAAGUCCUUCCAGAGCUGGUAAUGUGUUGUCUUAUCUUGUUCAGAAAAGAAUUAGUUACACAGUAAAAUUGAAACCACUGUUAUUUAUGACUUUGAAAUAAAUUUUAAAAA